ACCUUUCUGAUACCCAGGCUGAAAGGUAGGUCUGUUUUUGAGAUGUAUGCAACUAUUUGUAAGAAUAUAUGUAUAUACAGUGUUGCUUUUAUUGUUGAUGUGAUAAUCUUAUUUGCGAGUUGUGAUGUUGAAGCCCCCUAAAUUGCUAACAAAGUUAGCUGACUUUCGUUCUGAAAGGACUAAAUAUACGUUUUUCCAUUCUGUCUUAAGUGUAGUUUUUAUUUGAGCUCUGAUGCAAUGCAUUGACAAGUCAUUGAUCACCAAACAAAUAUCUUGCCAUUUGUCUAGAAGACAUGUAAACAUGACAUACUGUGAAGUCCAAAAGUAUUUGAACAGUGACACAUUUGUUGUUUUGGCUCUGUACUCCAGCACUUUCGAUUUGAAAUAAAUAAUACUUUGAGGUUAAACUGCAGACUGUCAGCUUUAAUUUCAGGGUAUUUGUCUGUAUUGGAUGGGCAGCACUUUUUUUUUACCCCUCUCCCCCCCAUUUUAGGGAACAAAAAGUGUUUGGACAAAUUCACUUAUGUAUAAAAGUAGUCAAAAGUUUAGAAUUCGGUCUCAUAUUCCUAGUACACAAUGACUACAUCAAGAUUGUGACUACAUACUUGUUGGGUGCAUUUGCAUUUUGUUUUGGUUGUGUUUCAGAUUAUUUUGUGCUCAAUGGAAAUGAAUGGUAAAUAAUGUAUUGUGUCAUUUUGUAGUCUAUUUUAUUGUAAAUAAGAAUAGAAUAUGUUUCUGAACACCUAAUUGUGAAUAAUGAUGGAUGAGAAAGUUAGGCACAAAGAUCAUACACCCAAGUCAUGCUAUCCUCUAACCAUUAUCAAUAAUGGGAUGUUAGAAUUUUGGGGGUGGGUUAUGAAAAUAAUGCUUCUGUCACUAAAUGUUAUUCACAAUUCAUUCAUGAUUAUCUGUAAUCAAGGUAGCGUCCACAUUAAAGUACAAGUGUUUAUAAACAUAUUCUAUUAUGAAAGUGACUCAAAUGACACAAUACAUUAGGGGAGAGGGGUAAGUUGAGACACCCUUGUUUCUAAGAAACCAUGUACAAAAUUAUAGGAAGAGGUCAUUUUAUGGAAUCUGUGGAAGAAAGCAAGUUAGGUAAAAAAGUUAGGUUAUUCAAAUACAUUUCUUGGUGCUGGUAUCUAAAUCAAAUUGGAUCAUUUUAAGAUUGUUCUAUACAUCAGUUGGGGUUUCUAUAAGGUUCAAUAUUUAUUUAUUUAUUUUUUAUUUUACCUUUAUUUAACCAGGUAGGCAAGUUGAGAACAAGUUCUCAUUUACAAUUGCGACCUGGCCAAGAUAAAGCAAAGCAGUUCGACAGAUAAAACGACACAGAGUUACACAUGGAGUAAAAACAAACAUACAGUCAAUAAUGCAGUAUAAACAAGUCUAUAUACAAUGUGAGCAAAUGAGGUGAGAAGGGAGGUAAAGGCAAAAAAGGCCAUGAUGGCAAAGUAAAUACAAUAUAGCAAGUAAAAUACUGGAAUGGUAGUUUAGCAAUGGAAGAAUGAGCAAAGUAGAAAUAAAAAAUAAUGGGGUGCAAAGGAGCAAAAUAAAUAAAUAAAUAAAAAUUAAAUACAGUUGGGAAAGAGGUAGUUGUUUGGGCUAAAUUAUAGGUGGGCUAUGUACAGGUGCAGUAAUCUGUGAGCUGCUCUGACAGUUGGUGCUUAAAGCUAGUGAGGGAGAUAAGUGUUUCCAGUUUCAGAGAUUUUUGUAGUUCGUUCCAGUCAUUGGCAGCAGAGAACUGGAAGGAGAGGCGGCCAAAGAAAGAAUUGGUUUUGGGGGUGACUAGAGAGAUAUACCUGCUGGAGCGUGUGCUACAGGUGGGAGAUGCUAUGGUGACCAGCGAGCUGAGAUAAGGGGGGACUUUACCUAGCAGGGUCUUGUAGAUGACAUGGAGCCAGUGGGUUUGGCGACGAGUAUGAAGCGAGGGCCAGCCAACGAGAGCGUACAGGUCGCAAUGGUGGGUAGUAUAUGGGGCUUUGGUGAUAAAACGGAUUGCACUGUGAUAGACUGCAUCCAAUUUGUUGAGUAGGGUAUUGGAGGCUAUUUUGUAAAUGACAUCGCCAAAGUCGAGGAUUGGUAGGAUGGUCAGUUUUACAAGGGUAUGUUUGGCAGCAUGAGUGAAGGAUGCUUUGUUGCGAAAUAGGAAGCCAAUUCUAGAUUUAACUUUGGAUUGGAGAUGUUUGAUAUGGGUCUGGAAGGAGAGUUUACAAUCUAACCAGACACCUAAGUAUUUGUAGUUGUCCACGUAUUCUAAGUCAGAGCCGUCCAGAGUAGUGAUGUUGGACAGGCGGGUAGGUGCAGGUAGCGAUCGGGUAGGUGCAGGUAGCGAAUAUGAGGUCCUAAACCUAAGAUGAAAGUGCAUCCUUCAAGCUGUGUGGGCUAAUAUAGUCAAAAUGUUUGCCUUGGGCUAAGUUGAGCCAAGGGCUAUGUGGUAAGUUGAAGUGAUUUCUUCCCAGGCCUAAUGCAAGGCAUCAUCACUGGGAUACAACAGGGCCUGGUCUAUAUUAAAAGUGUUUAAAAAGUACAAAGUAUUUGUUAGGUGUUAAGCCUGUGUUAAAAGAUGCUUAAAUGAUUAAAAGACACAAAGUGAUUCUGAUUGUGUUGAAUUGUGUUUGGGAAAUAAAGAUAGACAUGGUUUUAAAAAGGUAGUGGUAAUAUUUAGUUCAGUACGGAAAUGUGUAGGUGGCUGAAUUUACCAUACCCGGGUAAAUUGUGCCAAGAGACCACUUUUUUUGGAGAAGCUAUGUUUUCAAAAUGAAUGUUACCAUGAAUUCUGAUUAUUUCAAGGGAUACACAACAUCCUGAAAUAUAUGUAGAUAUUUGUUAUGAAGAAUACCAUAUUUACCUUGAUGGAGUGAUGUUGAAUGUAAAAAAUGGUUCAGAUUACCCCACUCACCCCUAUUUACCAUUAAUUUCUAUUGAGCACAAAAUAAUCUGAAACACAACCAAAACAAACUGCAAAUGCACCCAAAAAGUAUGUAGUCACAAUCUUGAUGUAGUCAUUGCGUACUAGGAAUAUGAGACCGAAUUCUAAACUUUUUACUACUUUAAUGCACAAAUAAGUGAAUUUGUUCAAAUAUGUUUUGUUCCCUAAAAUGGGGUGACUAUGUACAAAAGUGCUGUAGUUUCUAAAUGGUUCAUUCAUAUAACAUAAACUUCAAUGUGCUGGAGUACAGACAAAACCAAAAACAUUUCACUGUCAAAAUUAUUUUGGACCUCACUAUAAAUACUAUUGCAAAUUGUGAUCACAUAACUCAUCAAAGAACUAUGAUGAUGAAGGUGGGACUCCUUUUCCUCCUGACCCAUGUCUGGUCCCUCAUCCCCGUCUACCAAACUCAAGAGCAGAGCCCCAACAUCACAGACCUGACCUUCAAAAACAUGGACUUUGCCAUGACUCUCUACAGGAAGAUUGCUGGUUACCAUGAUAAUAACAUAUUUUUCUCACCCCUGAGCAUAUCCACAGCUUUUGCCACCCUCUCCAUGGCAGCACAGGGUCCCACACGAGACCAGAUACUGAAGGGGCUCAACCUAGCCCACCUAGAUCGGGUCAAGCAACCAGACAUCAUUCCAGAACUCUUCCAACAACUCCAAAGGAACAUCACACAAGAUGAAUCAUUGAAACUGGACCAGAGCACCACCUUCUUUGUUUGCCUAAAGUUUGAGAUAGAGAGUGACUACAGUGACCAGAUCAAGAAAUUCUUCAACGCUGAUAUCAACAGUGUGGACUUUGCAAAUACAAAAGCUAGCAUUGCCAUGAUCAAUGACUACAUAAUGAGAAAGACUGAUAAUAGAGUCAAGGAGAUGGUGUCUGACUUGGAUCCACUUACCCAACUUAUGCUCAUCAACACCAUUUUCUUCCGGGGUGAAUGGCAGAUGCCCUUCAAUCCCAAUCACACAGAAAUUCAACGCUUCUAUAUUGACAACUACAAUAUUGUCCAGGUGCCUAUGAUGUUAAGAAUGGAGGAUAAGUUCUACACAAUGGACGACUUUCCCCUGAAUGCCAAGGUGCUGAAGCUGCCGUACCGAGAUGGUGUUUCAAUGCUUAUCCUGCUACCCAACAAAGGCCUGGAUUAUACCACAAUAGAUGAUGAGAUCACAGCUGAGAGAUUCCUCAACUGGAUUAAAAAUCUGAAAGAAAGGAAACUAGAAGUUCAACUGCCCAAGUUCAAGAUGGAGCAAUCAUACGCCAUGCACAACAUCCUACCAGAUUUGGGUAUAUCCAAUAUCUUCCAUGACACUACUAACCUCACUAAAUUGAGCAAAGACCCAGGCCUGAAGGUGUCAGCGGUGUUGCACAAGGCAGUGAUCGAGGUGGAUGAGAGAGGCACCACUGCAGCCGCUGCCACAGAAAGCGGCAUUAUUGGAUACGCCUUACCAUCUUCCUUCAUCGUCAACCGACCCUUCUUCUUUUUUAUCUACCAUGAGGCCACUAACAGCUUGUUGUUUAUGGGCCGAGUGACUGACCCCACCAAAAACGGAGCCUAAUGAGCACAGUGCAUUUGGUGCCUGGAGAGGUGUUGUACAUGUAAGAUGUUUCAUUUGUAUGUAUUAAAGGUGAACAGAUAUUCAUUCAA